CUCUCCUGUCAUCCCUCCACUGGGAACAUCUCCCUAUCAUCAGCAUGCCUACAGCUUGCACAAGGUGCACCUUGGGAGUCUGACCCACCAUGUGCAGAUGGACGCCGUCCGUAGCUCAUCUCUGUCCUGAGCCUGCCCUCGGCAUUGCCACUGCUGGGCGACCUUUUCCCCUGCCCAGUGCAGCCUCCCUGUGCCUGGCAUGCCUCACCCUGCUCCUGGUCACCUCCGGCACCGCCACAGGGGCCUGUCCGCCUGGGGUAGGGCAUGAACCCUUACAGGUGCUGGCGAGUGGCAUCAACUGUUCAUGGACAUUGGAGAGGCACACUCGCAGUUACAAUCACCUAGAGGGCGACGUCCGACUACGGCGACUCUACUCUGCCAACAAGUUCUUCCUCUGCAUUGACAAAACCGGCAAGGUGGACGGCACGCGGCGGAAGAACUACGCAGACAGUCUGAUGGAAAUCCGAUCUGUCAGUGUGGGAGUUGUCGCCAUCAAAUCUGUCAGCACCGGGCUGUACUUAGCUAUGUCCAAGAAAGGCACGCUCUUUGGAUCGGUGAAGUACAACCCAAGCUGCAAGUUCAAGGAGCGCAUCGAGGAGAAUGGCUACAACACUUAUGCCUCUCUCCGUUGGAAGCAUGGCGGCAGGCAGAUGUUUGUUUCGCUGAACGGAAGGGGCAAGCCGCGGCGAGGUCACAAGGCUCGGCGAAGGCAUCCAUCUACUCAUUUCCUGCCUAUGCUGCCCUCCUAGCUGCCCAAGUCUGAACACUUACCGGCAACCGGCUGGCUCACCUGACUCCUCACACUAGUGACAGCGACCUUUACUUUUAUGCUUCCAUUCUCCUGUCAAAAAAAUGUACAUUUGUCAAGGUUUGUAACAUUUGUAGAAAUAGUAUAAUGUGUACCUUUAAGUUAUUUUCUCUGUUUUCUCAUGACAGUGGAAUUAUAUCAUCAGACAUCUGUCUGGCUACAGUUUCUGUCUGUGUGUCUUGACUGCGCAUAAAGCAGAUGUUGGGUUACUUUGGGUGACUGUAUAAGGACUGAAAAAGGCCAGCGAGUGACUGAACAAAACAUGGCUCAUUGGUUCGGCUUCAGCCUUUGAUGCUACGGAAACACAACAAGGGAAGCAUCUGGUAUAGUGAAUACAAUAUUUGUCAAAAAGGCAAGUACCCCUGUUGACUGAAACACAAGGCAAAUCUUAAAAAGCAACAACUUUUACAUUCGGAUUGUUUCCUGGGAUAAACUGUAAGGACACUGAUCUUGACCUGAACCGCACAGAUGAGAUGAAAGUCUCUCCUAAAUACCCACAUUGACAAAUGUGUAUGUUUCUCUAUAUGUCUACACAUGACACUAAUACAACAGAAACUAAGCUAACUACUGGGAUAACAAGCUACAUUUCCUGAGGUGACCUUUUAUGUUUGUGCAUGCUUCUGACUGCUUCUAUCACCCGACAACUUACAGCUAAGAGACUGGGAAUCAGUAUCAGGAAAAAAAGUGUCACAUCAUGUGUCUGAUUCCUGGUGUAUGGUUCAGUCGUAAAAGAAUAUGAUACAUUUUGAGUUAAUGCAUUAUAGCAGUUGUAGGUACACCACAAGUCUUUACUAGCAACUUAAUUAACUUUUACACACUUAGAAAACAGUUACUGUCUCUCUGUCAAGUCUUGCUAACAUUUUCUCAACAAUAAGGCUGUUGCUAAUAGAACAAUUAAUAUAUUUAAAACAUUUUGUACUCUUUAACUGUUUGAAGUUGAUGAAUAUUGUAAUUGUUGACUUUUUGUGUUAAAUUGUAGUCAUACUGUUAAAAAAAAGAAGGGAAAAAAUAUAUUCCAGUCCAUAUUCAGCUCAUGUUGUAUGUUAUUACUACUGGUACUACACUGAUACAUUUGUGAUCCACUUAUCAUAAACAAAGUUUAGCUCUAGGCCAGUAACAGUAGGUUGUAUGUACAGCCAAAGUCUCUGAACAAACACUCUUUAGAUUCAUUUCAGCAAAGUUAUUUGAGUGCCUUGGUCCAUGCUGAGUUUGGUAAACUUCAAUAAAAAAUGUGCAUAACUCA